UUACACAAAACCCAGGAUAAUUAAAAAAAUAUAUUUCUGAAUGGGAAAUGGGAUGGGAUGAAAAGUACUUCAGAAGGAGAUUCAAUGGGUUCUGGUAAAAUUCUUCCCAAAUUAGGUAGCGUGUGUCACGGUUCAUCAUAUUCUUUUGCAACUUUCAAAUAUAAAACAUUUUUUUGAGAAAAGAAAAAAACUGGAAAGCAACCGGCUUCAACCGUUUUAGCCACAGGCCUCGGUCGGCAAAGUGCUUGUGACCAUCGAUCUCCAGAUCAGCUAGCUACGGGUUUGGAGCCACGGCCCACUGCACGCAUGCGCACCGAGACCAGCCAAUCAGUGACGCUCCCGGGUGAGGCGAAACUGGCCUUUUUCCCGCGCGAAUUCCAAGGUGCCUCAGAGGAGCGCGCGGUAGCGGAGCAGAUACCUCAGGCGGAGAACAUCUAGAUAUGGUGCCCUCUGGAAGAAAACAUACCAGGAAGUCUGGGAAGACAUCAAUGGAGGAUCAGAUUAGAAGAGCCUAUGACUCUGAGAAAGAAGAUGAAGAUCUGUGUGUUUCAGAGGGUGUUACUGAUGAGAAGACUCCAGUAAUUGAUAAGCAGGGGAAGAAAAGGAGUUCUGCAGGAAUAGUUGAAGAUAUCGGGGAUGGCAUACCGAAUAUGCUGGAAAGAUUUCGAGCUGAUAUUGACGAGGCUCUUGUUACCAAGAGAAAAAAACUAGAAAUGUAUGCCAAAUCUUCUUGCAAAACCAGUAACCAGAGAGUUGAAAAUGUUUGGAAAAUCCAACAAGAGAAAAGAAAGAAGCUUUACCAAAACUAUUCUCAGGAGUUUAUGACUUUGCUUCAGCAGUGGGAGACAGAUAUGCAGAAAACUAAGGAACGAGAAGAAAAACUAGCUAACCUUUUUCAACAGCAACGAAAGACACUUCAACAAGCUAGGAUUGUUCAGAGCCAGAAACUGAAAACAAUUAGACAAUUAUAUGAGCAAUUCAUAAAGACUAUGGAAGACUUGGAGAAGAAUCUAGAUACUGAGGCACAAAAUGAACUUAGAAAUGAAAUGGCUAUGAUGCAAAAAAAAUGUUUGAUGGAAACUCAGCAGCAAGAGACGGCAGCUGUUCGAAAGUCUCUUCAAUCCACGUUAUUCUGA